CCACUGUGCUCAGUGCACGUGUGUGUGUGCGUGUGCGUGUUGGCUGACCCUGCAGAAAGAGUGUGUUGUGACCAGUGAGGAGGUUGAGGAGGAGGACAGCGCUUUUUGACUGACACUUUAGGUUGGAGCAAAAAUCUAGACCGUCAGGGGUCCCUGAGGAUUGGCUUAAGAACCACUGCUUUAAGGAACCAAAGUUUUUAGAAUGGACGCUGCAGAGUUUCGCAGGAGAGGGAAGGAGAUGGUGGACUACGUAGCUGAUUACUUGGAGAACAUUGAGAAGAGGCAGGUCUAUCCUGAUGUGGAGCCGGGCUACUUGAGAGCCCUUAUCCCAGAGGAGGCUCCUGAGCAGCCAGAGACCUACGAGGAUGUGGUCAAGGACAUCGAAAGGGUCAUCAUGCCAGGGAUCACUCACUGGCACAGUCCGUACUUCUUCGCUUACUUCCCCACUGCCAACUCCUUUCCUGCCAUGCUGGCAGACAUGCUGUCUGGAGCUAUUGGCUGUAUUGGCUUCUCCUGGGCUGCGAGUCCGGCCUGUACGGAGCUGGAGACGGUAAUGCUGGACUGGUUGGGGAAGAUGCUGAACCUGCCUGAGGAGUUUCUAGCUGGCACAAAGGGAAAAGGAGGAGGUGUCAUACAGGGAACCGCUAGUGAAGCGACUCUGGUGGCGCUCCUGGCCGCCCGCUCCAGAAUGGUGAAGCGGAAAUUAGCUAACGAUCCUGAGCGACAAGAAGCUGACAUCAUAUCCAAACUAGUGGCCUAUUCCUCCGACCAGGCUCAUUCAUCAGUGGAGCGAGCAGGCCUAAUAGGAGGUGUGAGGAUGAAAAAAAUUCCAACUGACUCCAAGUUUUGUGUUCGGGGGGAGGCCUUUAGAAAAAUCCUUGAAGAGGACAAGGCAGCGGGCCUCAUUCCCUUCUACUUUUGUGCCACAUUGGGAACGACUCCAUCGUGUGCAUUUGACUGCAUCACUGAGAUUGGGCCUAUAUGUAACACAGAAGGAAUAUGGAUGCAUAUUGACGCGGCCUAUGCCGGAAGUGCGUUCAUCUGCCCCGAGUUCCGACCUCUUCUGGAUGGUGUAGAGUUUGCAGACUCCUUCAACUUUAACCCACAUAAAUGGCUGUUAGUGAACUUUGACUGCUCCACAAUGUGGGUGAAGAACAGAACUGACAUCAUUGCAGCGUUUAAGAUGGACCCACUUUACCUGAAGCACGACCACCAAGAAUCAGGGCUCGUGACAGAUUACAGACACUGGCAGAUCCCACUGGGUCGGAGGUUCCGCUCACUGAAGAUGUGGUUUGUGUUCCGCAUGUACGGCCUCAGAGGCCUGCAGGACUACAUCCGCAAGCACGUUGCAUUGGCUAAGGAGUUUGAGGCUUUGGUCCGAGCGGAUGAACGCUUUCAGAUCUCCGCGGAUGUGGUGCUGGGCUUGGUCUGUUUCAGACUGAAGGGUUCUAAUGACCUGAAUGAAGCUCUGCUGAAGAGGAUUAACAGCGCUCGUAGGAUUCACCUGGUUCCGUGUCAGCUUUCAGGCAGAUUUGUGCUGCGCUUCGCAGUGUGUGCUCGAACCACCGAGUCACGUCACGUGCAAGAGGCCUGGGCACACAUUGCCCAGCUGGCCACUGAACUGCUCCGCCAGUUCCCGCAAUGACCCUCACGAUGACCACCAUCCAGCACAUUCACACAUGGCCAUUUUCCUUAUUGUGUUUGCCCAUUGAAGAGAAAUUAGUCAGUCAGCAUGUAUGUGCACCAUCUAGAGUACUGGACUAUGCUUGACCACCCUCUAGAGUCAGAGACCACCCUUGAUGUAUUUAAUUUCCAUUCUAAAUGGCCUUUGAGCACAUUCAUUUUUCAUUGUCAGGGAAAAAAGCAGCAAACAUGUAUCUGUUAUAUCAUAUGUAUAACAGAACAUCACAAUAGAAACAUCAACAACUACAUACAUAUUUUUUUCAGUCUUUAGUUGUGUCCACACUUCACCUUUAUUACAGCUUCUAUUCUUUUCAGGAGACUUACUUUCAGUUUUUCAAAGAAAUCUGCAGGGAUAUUUUUCCACACCUCUGACACGUUCAGUGACGUUGAGGGCUGGACUCUGGAGUGGCCAGUCCAGUGCCAGUCCUGGCCUUCCAUGCCCCUAAGCAAAACUUGACAAUGAUUUACAAAAGUUCUUUUUUGUCUAUUUCCUUUUCUCAGUAACAGCUUCUUAACAGCUACACAUCCUUUAAGACCCUUAGCGCUAAGUUUUACUCAGUGGCCAUUUUGACUGGAUAUUAAAUAAAUGAAGAGUGGCCUGUGGCUUUUACACAGUACUGUACCUUUUUAAAACAUUCGAGCUCAAGUUCAGUCUCAACAUAGUCGUUCGGUUUCCCACCAAGAGCACAACAUAAGCAGAAUGGCCGCUGUGUGAAUAAGGCUAAUGAUCGCACUGACCGCACUGACUUACACCCAUCCUGCUGCUGCUGCACUUCUUCCCUGUACUCUCCUAUGUUUGUGUAUUGUGUGUGUGUGUGUGUGUGUGUGUGUGUGUGUGUGUGUUUAUCUCAGUCUAAUGUGUCUUUAUGUUGUAAAGGUACAGUCCAGUCUUUUUGUUAUGCAUGUCCACUCUAAAGCUUCUGCGUUAUUGUCUACCAUGACAAUGUGUGUGCUUGAAUGUGUGUCUGUAUUCAGUGUUGAGCAAUGAAGUAUAUUUCACAAAUAUGAAGGAUAUAUAUUACUGUUAUGGGGGGUAAAAGAAGGUUUAUUGGAUAUGUAGGCCUACAUCAUUCUCUCACUACAUUAUUAAAUACUGGAGUUUGAGCUUUAAUGCUUGUGUAUGACUUACAGUUUCCUGAGAGAACAUCAAAACAUUCCUGUAUGGUUAACCAAUGAAGCAUUUGGUUUUCCUCAAUUAAAAAAUGUUUUGCGUGCCAAUUCGGACACUUUCUUUAAUCUUACAUUUGUAGCAACUUUUACAAAUAAGUGUCGUUCCAAUUUAUCAUAGAUCCAUUCUCCACAAAAGUGAUACAUAGGCUGUAGGGGUUUUUAAGUUUUUUCACUUUUUUUCACAAUUUUGUGACACCUGUUUGUCAACCUGCAACCUGAAAUUACAGAUGAAUAAUCAAAUAGUACGUCUGCCCACAUAUUGGGCCUACAUUCCUUAGCUAGAACAUCACCUCAUACCACAAAUCUCUGGCCUAAUGGUGAAAAAAUGUGAGGGUCAAUCAAGAUACUCCCCAGUAACAAGGUCACCCAAUUCAUAAUUGCUAUCAGCCUGUUGUCCAUGGCCUGUAGGUGAGGCUAUUCACUCAUCAAAAUAAUUUGUUCUGUAUUUGAUUAGGCAUAUGUCGCUCAUGACCCCCCUUGGACCACACUGUGACCCACAAUGGGGUCCCAACCCCCAGGUUAAGAACCCCUGCUAUAGUGCAUUUCAGUUCUGAUUUGUAUAGACAAUAGCAGGCUCUUAGGAGUACAUAUGAAAACAAAUGUACACUCUUUAACCACUUUAUUUGUAAGCCCUACCUGCCUGGUGUACAAUUAGAGAUUGUAGCUCACCUGUUAGUUUGUGUUAGCCAUCCUCUAGCCUUUCAUCGAUGGUCAGUUUCAACAGCGAUGCUUUAAUCUACAUAGUGGUAGAGGGCACAGAACAGAAUGUGAAUAUCAGUUUUGUUAUUUUAUCCAAUAGUAACUCAGUAGUAUUCACUGGCAUACUAGUUUUUAUUUUAUUCAUAGCAUAUGAGUGAAAGGGGGAUUCCAAAAUCCAUGCAUAAUUAAAUGGUUAAAAGGUAAACGGUCAUUCAGAGUGGAAUGACCCUUUCUAGAGAAAUUUACCAGAAUUCCCCACGGUGGUGACAGGAUCCAGGAACGUCCAAAACAUUUAGUACCUCUAUAAGCUACUAAAGAAACCUAUUACAUGAAAUGGCUUUUGGCCUAAAACGGACGUGCUUAACUUUGGUCCUGGAGAUCUACCACCCUGCUGAGUUUAGCUUCAAUCCUAAUCUAACACACCUGAUCCAGGUAACAAAGGCCUUCAGGAGUCAGGUGUGUUGGAUCUGAACUCUGCAGGGUGGUCGAUUUCCAGGAUGAGGAUUGGCUCCCCUGGCCUUAAACUUAUUUUUAAAAUCCUAUUAUGGGUGAGAGAGCAUUGUAAGGUAAAUAGUCCCCAAAGAAAAUGUAUUGUAAAAGAGACACAGCUCUUGCACAAUUCAUGCUUUGUUAACCAGCUGUUGUUGGCCAAUACUAUGCCAUACAUAAGCAGAGUUUUCUCUUUACUAACAGCUCGUUUGCUACUCUGCUCGUGUCUUACAUCAGCUGUUGAGUGACUCUCAGUCCUUCCUGCUCCUAUACAUAUAUUAGCCCUGCCUUCACAAUAAGAGUCUUUACCAAAAUAACCCUGUGAAUAAAUGCUGAAGACCUGAUAACAUAAACUAACAUGUCAAAAACAUUUCUUGAACAGGCUACAGCGUUUUGUUUAACCAUUAUUUUACUAUCAUCAAUGCCAUUACACACAUUAUCCACACUGCUUAUCCUUCUGGGUCACAAGGGGUGCUGGAGCCUAUCCCAGUGGUCACUGGGCAGAAAUUAGCAAUGUAACAUAUAAAAAUUCAGGAGACACAUGUAGGUUUACUGGUCUUUUGUAUAGUAAAUAAAAUGGCUUUCUUUAUGUUGUAGACAUUGUGAGCCCUGGUUCCUAUCACCACCACUGUAAAGAAAUCAUCUGUGAAAUCAUCUGUGAAAUCAUCGUUUCUCAUUGAGGCAUAUCAAACCACUCUGAAUGACUUUGUUUACAUCUCAACUGCAGAAUGAUUCAGUAAUGAAUUCCUCGUUAAGCAGCACAACUCAGUCACCAAAAAGUAUUUUAGUAUAAUAUGUGUGCUGUGCUGUUGUUGCAGUAUGUUAAAGUGCAGCGUUAUAUGUUUCUUGUGUACUCCCUAACGGGCUCCAGGUUUGAAUGUACUAAACAGAUUGUGCUGUAGCUGGAGACCCUGUCUGCUCCCAUUUGGAAUGAAGGUCCUGAUGAGAACAGACAGCUGUAACAUUUCAGCCCGCAGGGCCUGCAGCAGCGCUGCACUACCAGUCUGCUUCUUGUCUCCUUGGUAACCUCCUAGUGCUGCGCUCAUUUGUGCUGUAUUCAGUUAAAACACACCUGGAGGGCAGUACGGCUGACAUUUAAGUUCCACCAUAUAUACUGUUAGUGGACGGACCAAAACAUUUACAACUACAAAUAAAGAGCUGUAAUAAAUAAUGUAUGAAAUAACUGCGAAUUCAUAUCUACUGCGUUUGUAAUCUUCAUACAAAGUCAUCUUACUCCCAUGCUUGCACUACCAAAGUGUCUAUUCCAGGCCAUUGGAUACCAUUGUAUUAAUAAAAAUGCUCAGAUGUUUGAAAUAAACACUUGAUGGAUCAACAAG